AUGUCACGAAAAAUGUCAGAUAAAAUAUUUUCUCUUGUAUUUUGGGAUGAUUUAAACUCCCACUCUGUAAUUAAAACGAGCUCUAUUAAACGAGCGAUCAGAACUGGAAAACUUACGGCCAAAAAAAAUAAUAAAAAUGAAGCGGUAAAAAUUUUACUCCAAGACGAUGAUAAAGAAUACUUGGAAAUGGUCGAUGUUGAUCAAAAUGGAAAGAUUUUGCUAAAUAAAAGAAAGAAAGAUGUUAAGAAAGGAGGUAAGAAAGGAGAAAAAAUCAAGACAUCUAGAGCUGUUGGCCGAAAGGUAAAUGAUGAAGAUAUUAUGCAGACCAAGUCUAUUUUUGAUGAAGAUUCAGAUGAACCAUCAUCACCAUCUUCGAAAUUAAGGAGAGUAACUAGGAAAAUCAUUUCGAGUGAUGACAGUGAACUUGAAGAAGAAAGAACCAAAAAUUAUUCCAAGAAAGUAUCUUCGUCAACCAUCAAGCCAAGAGCUAGCAACCGUAUGCUUAUUUCAAUUAAUUCUGAGGAUGAAGACAAUGAACCUGAGACAAAGAAGAAAGUGAUAAGCUUCAAAAGACACGACCAAACUAAUUUGAAGCAAAAUAAUGAUGAAGAAUCUCGAGAACUAAUUAAUGUCAAUAAAUAUGAAAGAGCUGUAAGCAAAGUAAGACCAAGAAACGAAGAAACAAACAAAGGAACCAAAGCAGGCAGCGUCGAAAAUUCACCAAUGCGUAACAAAAGGAAUCCCCGAUCGACAUCCCCUGUUGGAUUUUAUUAUGGGAAAAUGUCUUCUUCAAUGCUCAAACAAAGAACUAGCGAUCUUGUAUUUACAUCAAGCGAUGAAGAAAGUGAACCUGUUGUAAAGAAAAAUCUUAUCCAAGAUGAUCGUGGAACUCGUUCAAAGACAGCAGAUAUCAAUGAUGUUACAAUCAAAGUCAAAUCAAAAGCUGGAAAUUCAAUCCUUACCUGUGAUGAUUUUGAAGAGGAUAGUGACUCUGUUUUUAAUCCAGUGAGAAGAAUGAAAAAAUCUCUGGUGGAUAAUGUUCAAAAAGGUCUUGUUCAGUAUUCAGACUCCUCAGAUGAUGCAGAAGGUAAUUAUGAGACCAAUAAUUCGGGUAACAGUGAAGUGAUCAAUAAAGAGGAUUCAGAAGGUGACAGUGACAUUAACAGACGACGUUAUCAUAAAGUGGACAACAAGGAGGAGUCAGAAAGUGAUAGUGACGCCAACAGUCGCAAUAACGACCAAGUGGCCAACAAACAGACUUCUAAUACCUUUUCCAAAAUAAACGAUAAUACUGAAGAGAUUAUCAUUCUUGACGGACAAAAGGAAUUAAACACAAAAUUGACCAAGAAAAAUUACCUCGAAGAAGAUGAUAGAGAGCAAGGACUCCCCUGGAACAUCAAAAUUGAUGAAGUUGACAAUGAUCAAUUCUCUGCAGAGGAUUUAAAACUAUUCAAGCAAUUUUUAGAACUUCGGAAAGCCAGUGUUCAAUCACCGAUGCAAGUUGCUUCAAGUACAAAUAAACAAGAAAAAGUGACUGAUAACAAGGAUGAGAGGGAGUUAAUCAAGGGAUCAGAGAUUAUGGUCGAUCGGUAUAAAUUGAGAUUAUUAACAAAAAACUAUCAGAAAAAAGCAGGGCAAAUGGCACGCCAAUUAUUGAGAUUGAUCAUCGGAGAGGAAAACCUAGCUGAGAUGGUUCCCCAAAAAGAGAAAGAAGGCAGAAAGUUGAUUCCCCAAAAGAUAUCAAACGCCAUUUUGAGCUACGUUAAUGCACAUGUUAUCGGUGGUCAUCAACUUGAAAUCGAUGAAUUUCAGAGCAUUAUGAGAUCGUUGUGUUGCUCCGUUCGUAAUAAAUACAAGAAAAAACUCACCGUUAAAAAGGCAUAAUUUAAUGCACAUUAAUACAUAAAAACAUGUUCACAUUACUUUAAGUUUAGAAUAAUUUUUUACAAAAUUAGAUUAAAUUUA